UAACUUCUAUGCUGUUGUUGUCAAAUAGUGUCGUGUCGUGUCGAAUGUCACUCUGAGAAUGUCAAAUUGAAAAUUAAAAUGGUGGAUGUGAUGUGAAAAAAGAAAAUUCGUCUCAGUAUUUUUGAUUUUGAUUUUCACAACAAUCAUAAAUCUACACUGACUAUUGUUAGGAGCAAAAUAAAGUUCACUGUAAGACACAGUGCAGUGAACUCAAAUCCAAAUAAUAAGAAGAAGAAAGUAAAAUGGAAAUAAAUGAUGAUGAUUCAUACAAAAAUGAAUUAUCUAAUAUAAAAUGCAAAAUCGAAAUAAAAACUGAUGAUGAGAAUUACGAAGAUACUCCAGUUUGGAUUAAAAAUGAAUUUAAACAAGAAGUGCUUUCUGAACUUGACCAUAAAGUUGAUGAUUCCACUGAUAAAGUUGACAACAUUGUUGAUUCAAAGAUUUGGUUCGAUCAAAUCAGCACGACAGCUUUAGUUGCAGAUGUUAAGACAGAGGAAAUUCAGGAACCAAAAGUAAUUUGCAAUGAAUUAGAUUUGAAUGAAGAACAUCAGACAAGUCAACAUGGUGUUCUUCAGAGUGUGGUCAAAACUAAAUCUGGAAAAUCCUUGGCCACAGACACCAGAGAAAAUUCGUACAAGUGUGAAACGUGUUUAAAGGAAUUUAGUCAAGAGGGACGUUUGAAAAACCAUUUAAGAAUACAUACUGGAGAAAAGCCAUUCAAGUGUGAUAUUUGUUGUAAGCAAUUUAGUCAAAAUGGUAAUUUGAAAAGGCAUAUGAUGAGACACACUGGAGAAAAGUCUUACAAGUGUGAAAUUUGUUUUAAACAAUUUUGUGAAGUAAGUUCUCUAAAAACACAUUUGAGAGUGCACACUGGGGAAAAGCCUUACAAGUGUGAAAUUUGUUCUAAGCAAUUUAGUCAGGUUGGAAAUUUGAAAAAGCAUAUGAUAAGACACACUGGAGAAAACCCUAACAAGUGUAAAAUUUGUUUUAAGCAAUUUAGUGAAGCUGCAAAGUUGAAAAGGCAUAUGAUAAGACACAAUGGAGAAAAGCCUUAUAAGUGUGAAAUUUGUUUUAAGCAAUUUGGUGCAGCUGGAAAUUUCGAAAGGCAUAUGAUAAUACACACUGGAGAAAAGCCUCACCAGUGUGAAAUUUGUUUUAAGCAAUUUAGUGAAGCUGGAAAUUUGAGAAGGCAUAUUAAAAGACACACUGGAGAUAAAGCUUACACUUGUGAAAUUUGUUUGAAGCAAUUUAUUGAAGCUUCAAAGUUGAAAAAUCAUCUAAUAAUACACACUGGAGAAUCGCAUUACAAGUGUGAAAUUUGUUACAAGACGUUUACACAACCAACUAGCUUGAAAAUUCAUUUGAGAAUACACACUGGGGAGAAACCUUACAAGUGUGAUAUUUGUUCUAAGCAGUUUACUGCAACAAGUGAUUUGAAAAGACAUUUGAGAGUGCACACUGGGGAGAAGCCGUAUAGCUGUGAAGUUUGUUUUAGGGAAUUUAGUAUUGCAAGAAAUUUAAAAAGACAUUUGAUAAUACACACUGGAGAAAAGCCUUACAAGUGUGAUAUUUGCUCUAAGCAAUUUAGUCGAGAAGAACAUUUCAAAAUACAUUUGAGGGUGCACAUUGGAGAUAAUUAAGAGGGCAUUAAGAUCAUCAUCAUCUUGGUGCUACAGCUGGUCUGAACGAGGAAGCAAAAGACGUUAUGACAAAAUACACCGAAGAAUAUAGUCCAUGAAUAGAAUAUAGAAUAUGUCCAAAAGUUUGGAAUACGUACAAAUAUAUCUACGCUUAUGGUGGUUUCAAAACUGUUGUUGAUAUUCAUUUUAGAGCGUUUUUACAUGAAAAUGAUAAAAACUUUGAAUCGUUUUUGUAUCAUUUUGCCCAUUUUGGUCACAUUCAAGUAAUUAGCGUAUUUACACAUUAUUUCAGUAUGUUUAAAUUUGAAUUGAGCCGUUUAAAAAUGCCUAGAAACCUUAUAUCUCACUUUGACAGAUCUAGAGUAAAACCCCAUAAAACGAAAUAAAAUACCAAGUUUUUCAAGACCUGCUUAAUUUUGUAGCCAAUUUUAUGUAAAUCCCUAUAAAUUUUUGCACUAAAUUCGAAAUCAUAACAAUAAUCUAGUGUUGUUAAGCUACAAUGUAGCUUAGUAACUGUCAACUCCGAUAAAUAAUUUGCGAAUUGUCAUUCCAAUUCCAUAACACUUUACAAGAUAAAUUCUUUGUUGGAUGCUUAACAUUUGCUUGUUAAAAAGACUACCAAUUCGCAAAUUAUUUAUUGGAGUUGACAGUUAAAGCUUCAUUGUAAUUUAACAACACUAGAUUAUUGUUACGAUUUCAAACUUUAGUGCAAAAAUGUAUGGUGAUUUACAUAAAAUUACCUAAAAAAUUAAGUAGGUUUUGAAAAACUUGAAUUUUAUUUCAUUUUAUGGGGUUUUAGAACAAGCAAAAUUUUUUAUCAAGAAUGACAUUUUUCGCUAAAAUUGAAAAUAAAAAAGUUUUUCCUCUUGGGCACCCCAUCCCUGGACACACUGUAUAUUAUAGUUUGGCUCCACGUGCGUGACAAGCUUAAUGCUUGGACUAACGUAUCUAUUUAUUUAUUUUAUUUAUAAACGGGCAAUUACAAUUUAUGUUAAGCUUUUAAACUUUUAAAUUACAGAAUAAGUCUUACUUUGUUAAUGUUUACUAAAACCUGACUCAGGAAUUUGUUAUAAGUUGGAAAAGGUCAAUGCUGGUGCUGGUUUACUAAUCUGGCAGGUCUAGUGAGGAAGUUGUUAAGACCAUACGGUGGAUUGGGUAAUGGAAGCCUACCUGUAGCCCUGGUUGUUCUUAGUGGGACAUGAAUAUUAAUUUUUUGAAGAAGCUCUGGAGUUUCAGUUUUUCCAUGUAGGAUGUUGUAGAAAGUGAUGAGAUCUCUUCUCUUAUGACGAGCAGUGAUUGGUUUCAUAUUUAGGACAUUAAAAUAAACUUUACUUAUGAACUUUUAUUAAACACUUAAAAGUUGCUCUCAUGAAUUCAACAUUAGAGAAAUCUACUUAUGAAUAUUAAUAACACAAUUAUAACAAUUAUUUACAUUGAUAUUGUCAGGAAUAUUAACAGAAGUUGCAGUAUUGAAAUUAGUGUUAGACGUGUCAGCACUUUUACUAUUUUUUGAGAUAUUAAUUUGGUGAAAACACACACGAAUCUUAAAUGACAUGAUUCAUUUAAGAUGAAUCAUUUUAUUUAUUUUUUUUAUUUUUUUAUUUACCCACGGGAAAACCCCAUAACAGUAAAAAUACAAUGAAUGCAAUAAAAAAUGAGGUACAAUCAUUCAUUAAAAUAUAAAAAGUAAAAGUAAGAAAAGCGGCUUGAAAAAUCACCAGGCAAGAUAUUCAAAACAUAACAGUUAGAAAAAUAAAAUAUAAAAUGUACACAUGUAACUGAAACAAAUCAAUAAAAUUAUACAAAACACAUAUACAAUAAUAAAAUACAACAACAUUGCAAGAUGAAACCUAAUUAUCACAUGGCAAGAGAUCUCCUCAGUUGGCCCAGGCUUAUAUUAAACAGAUCCAUAUCAAAACCGUUAAGGAAGCACAUAUAUCUAUCUAAAGGCAUGUUACUACCGUAGGAUGUUC